GGAGAUACUAGGAUAACUCUAAGCGGAAACAAGUAGACGCGACUCGUGGUGUGCUACCUAUCGUCUAUUAUCGCGGGUGCAAUCAAUCAACGCUUUGAAUUAUUAUUACAGUUCUUUCUACAAUAUAUAAAACCAAGAUAUACCACAAUAUGAACAAGGUCCUGGUCGAAUUGAUGCUCUAUUAGAGAGCCUGAGGACUGCCGAGGAAAUACAAUCAAGAGGAAAGGCCUAUCAAUCGUAUAUUCGCUUUACUGUGUGAGCAUAGAAUAUUAGACGAUUCAGCUAGCAAAAGAAUAGUACGUAGCACUGUGACGAAGUUGUAACCACGAAAUAGAGUGGACGAUAGAUUUUACAGCGGUGUUAAAUCGGAAGCGUUGACAUGGGUUCCAACAAACGUCACAAAACCGAAAAGUCUCGCGAUGCCAAGAAGAAGCGUCAUCGCAGUCGCUCCAGAAGUUACACUCCCGACCGCGAAAAAUCAGAGAAGCAUAGACAUCAUAAGAAACAUCGAAGGAAAGAGCGCAAAGAUUACGACAGCGAUGUUGAGAUCGUUAAUGCUCCGCCACCACCAAAAAUAUCAAAGUCGUCACAUCCGUCGACGCCUCCGCCACCUGAAAUCUCUAAGCAGCGCAGCCCAUCUCCUGUCAAAGGUGGAACGUCGCAAGCGUCUUUAUCAAUUGAAGAAACUAACAAGCUUCGCGCAAAGUUAGGGUUGAAACCAUUGGAAGUGGAUAAUACACCGAAAGAUGAUUCUAGCAAAAUUAAAGAUGAUUUGGGCGAGUUUUAUCACAAACCUGCACCAAAUAAUAGUGAUAAAAUAAAGGCGCAGAAGCUGAGAGAAAAGAUAGGUACUCAAAAGGAAAAGAGACAGAUUGAGGCAAAUUUAUCAAAAAUGAAAACUUUGGGUGAAUGUGAUUCGGAUGAUGACACCCAAGCAUGGAUCAACAGAUCUAGACAGCUAGAAGAAGAGAAGAAGAAAGCAGAAAUGAGAGCAAAAAUGUUGGAUCAAUUGGAUGAAGAGUUUGGAAUUGGUAAUUUGGUUAAAGAGGACAUGCAUACUACUCGUAAUACCGCAUAUACAGGGAAAGAUUUAAAAGGCCUUAAAGUUGAACACAAUAUUGAAUCGUUUGAGGAAGGCAAUACAGUAAUUUUAACAUUGAAAGAUCAAGAAGUAUUAAAUGAAAGUGGUGAUUCACUUGUAAAUGUGAAUAUGAUUGACAAUGAACGUUACAAGCGUAGUGUUAUAAAUAAGCUUAAGAAACCUACGUAUGAUCCAUAUGCCGAUGAAAAUUUGGACGAAUAUGGAUUCCCUAAAAAUAAGAUUUUAGAAAAGUACGACGAGGAAAUUGAUGGUGAGAAAAAAGACAAUUUUGUGCUGGGCACUAAUAAUGCGGUCGAAUUUAAACGACGUCAGACAGAGACAGUGAAGCAACGCUUAGCAAAUAAAAAAUUGGAAACGCUACAAAUCGCAGAGCCAAAAUUAGCAAGUGAAUAUUAUAAUGAAGAGGAACUUGCAAAAUUCAAGAAACCAAAGAAGAAGAUUCGGAAAAUUAGAACAAAAAAGAAACUGAAGGCUGAUGAUCUGGUUCCUGUGGAUAAUGAUUAUCUUAGAGAUCUUGGAAGCAGAAGAAGAAAAAAACCAGAAGAUUCAAAGGAUAAUGAUACUUUAGAUGUCGACGAUUUAGAAGCUCCACAGGAAGAUCUUGCCGGGAUAAAACUUGAAGAAGACGAUAAAGAAUUAGAGUUACAGUUGGCUUUAAAGAAAACUCGACGUUUGAAGGAGGAACAUUCAUCUAGCAUUCAAAAAACUGUUGAAACAAUAAAGCAGGAAAUUCUUAACUCCGAGGAAAAUCAAUCUGGAAAUAUCGUUCUUAAUUCUACUGCAGAAUUUUGUAGAACCUUGGGUGAUAUACCUACUUAUGGGCUCGCUGGAAAUAGAGAGGAAAAUGGACAAGAACUCAUGGAUUUUGAAAUGGACGGAAUUAAAGAUGAGCCACCUGUAAACGAAGAAGAGGACGAUGGUCGUGGUGCUUGGAACACAGUGCAUUUAGAUGAGAACACUUCGGAACCAGUUGUAAUGGAGGCGGCAAUUCUAGACGCCGAGCCCUCACUCGGUCAAGGGGUAGGUGGAGCUUUAAAGUUAGCUAUGAGUAAAGGUUACUUGCAGAAAGAGGACAGCAAUCGCCCUUCGGCGUCACGAUUCGCACAUCUGCAAGCUCAGAACUAUUCAAUAGAGGACAAAACAUACGGAGAUGAUGACAAGUUCGGCAGAAGAGAUCGCUUUAACGGACCGACGUCCGAUUUUAAGGAAAAGGAUGGUUUUAAACCGAAUGUUAAACUUGAAUAUAUUGAUGAUGAUGGACACGUCUUGUGUGCCAAGGAAGCUUUUCGAUAUUUGUCGCAUAAGUUUCAUGGGAAAGGUCCAGGAAAAAAUAAGGUGGAGAAAAGAAUGAAGAAAGCCGAACAAGAAGUUUUAAUGAAACGAAUGUCUUCAACAGAUACACCUCUAGGUACAUUGAAUUUAUUGCAAGCUAAACAAAAGGAAACACAAUCACCAUAUAUAGUGCUCAGCGGCAGUAAGCAGAUGCAAACGACUAGCAUAGCUAAAACAAAACAUUAAGGAAUAGUAAAAGCAUAUGAGGAUGACAAUUGUAUAUAAUCUUACAUGUGUAUAAUGUAGUAUCUGGAAAUAAAAAGUUGAAUUCAUAAUUGAAUUCAUAAUUUAAUGUGAAGAUUAUAAACUAGGAAUAAAAAAAGAAAACUACGUAUUUUUCUCAAUUAAUGAAUUAUGAAAGCACGUAAUAAUACUCAGCAAAUUUAUGAUUCAAAAUUAAUCGUUUUACGCCUCGAUAGUUUAUUUGAUUGUGUAAUGUAUCAUUGAAGAAGUAACAGCGAAAGUAUAAUAAUUUUAUAGAUAUUACUUUAUACAAUAAAGCAUACUUCAUAGAUA